AUGUCCAUCAACCUGCACACUCAGUUCCAGUAUGACCCGGCUUACAAGCUGAUCCAGCUAACUCCUGAAUUGCUGGAGAUUUUAGAGAAAAACGAGGCAGGUAGCAACACUGGGCUGCAGUUCAAGUCGCUGAGCGCCGAAGGUACCGAUGUGGUUCUUUGUUCCGACGACAAGACCUGGCUCAUCAAGCAGAAGAACCACUCGAAUACAGUGCUAUUGAUGAAAGAGUUUGUACCGGAAAAUGACAUUCAGGUUUCAGAAGAGUCUUUAUUUGGGUUGCGUCAGCCUGAGGACAACUAUCUGGCGUUCGCGAAUACCUCGUACGAGUAUGAGACAAGGGCCGUUGAGGGCCACUUGAAUUUAAACUCUUUGCUGAUGUAUGAUGGGGAGAGGGAUUUCCCAUUGGGUGCUGACGAGGGAUCGCUCUUACACAGUUUUGAUGAGCUUGCAGACGAUUCGCCGUGCUCCAAGAAAGAGUGCUUGUCACAGUGGCAUCAACUCGGUGGAUGUACGAUAAGCAAUGUGCUGUGUAUUCUAUCGCAAAAUUUUCUAUCGAAGGCGCUGAAUAUUACACUGGUGAGCAUUAUGAGCGAGAAUCUGCCUCUGGAUGACUUGAAACUUGACGCGACGUACGAAGCUGUACGGAAGGGGAUGGAGGACGCUGAAUCGUCCACUUUCAGUCCGUAUUCAAAAGAGGUGGUACUGACGGUGCUAAACAAGUUUGGUAUUUCUACAAAGGAAAACACGGCUUGGGAAUUAGACAUGCUGACUAUAGCGAAAUGGUAUGGGCUUGAGGCACUGCAAACGUAUGUGAGGAAUUCUAGUCUGUCGGUGGACGAAUUUUUGAUAAAAUGGAAGUCUUUAUUCCCCGCAUUUUUCCCCUGUGACAUCGACGUGGUCAUGCUUAGAGGGCACUACUACGUCCCGACUAGUGGUUACAUACAAUAUUUGUCGAAGGACACGCUACCGUCGGAAGUCAAAAGCCGAUUCAGAUCUUUGUUCGAACUGCAAAGCACCUGGGUCCUAGAAGACAUCGAGCCGUUCAUCAAGGAGUUCAAUACGAAGGGUCUCAAGAUCGAUAAUUUCAUAAUGAAGUUUGCUAAAAGGAAACAGAUCACCGACAGAAACAGAAAAAUCACAAUAACAACGGUGACCAGCAGAUGA